ACUCUCUCUCUCUCUCUCUCUCUCUCAGCCUCGCAGAGCUAUAGCAACCGCCGACCCUACAUAUACAAUCCCUCCGACAUUUUCUAUAUUUCUCUUUUCCUUUGCCUUUCAAUUUGGCAGGAAAUCUCGAUGAAGAAGAACACCUCUGACUCCGGUCUCCGCUUUCCCUCCUCGCCACAUCUUUCCGACGACAACACCCGCCGCAAGAAGCGUUCGAAAGUGAUUAGAAUCGAUGAAGUGAUGGUGCUGAGCUCGAGCGGCGUGGUUUCGAAGUCGAAACAUGGGAAGAAACCAGACUCGUCAAGUGCGCCCAAGAUCAUGCGGCCGUGUAGCGAGUGCGGGAAGAAAUUCUGGUCGUGGAAGGCCUUGUUCGGACACAUGCGGUGCCACCCGGAACGACAGUGGCGCGGGAUUAAUCCCCCGCCGAAUCUGCGCAGACCCGUACCGCCGCCAGCUAGUAGUUCGGAACGGCCUGUAAUGAUGACUGAAGAGGAUUACGAAGCUGCAGCGUGCUUGUUAAUGAUGGCCAAUGGGGGCAUUGAGAGUAAGAGCAAGAGUGUUUCUGGUAGCUAUCAUCAUGGGGUUCAAGAAUCAGGUGGGUCUUUUCUCAAGGAGGAUGCGGCCGAGGAGGCAAGCUGCCGGUUCGAGUGUAUGAGCUGCAAGAAGGUAUUUGGGUCGCACCGGGCGUUAGGAGGGCAUAGGGCGAGUCACAAGAAUGUGAAAGGGUGUUUCGCCAUAACGAGGAGCGAUGGUGAUCAGGAGGUUGAGGAUCACCAUGGCCGCGAUGAAAGGGAUAGCGUGGAGGACAAUGGGGUGAUGGUUUUGGGAUCAGGGCACAAGUGCAGCAUUUGUUUGAGAGUGUUUUCAAGUGGGCAAGCUUUGGGUGGGCAUAAGAGGUGGCAUUGGGAGAAAGGGGAUGAACCAUCAAUGCUAAGCCGACAAGGUCUCAGCCCUUCUGGAACAAAGGAGCUGGGUUCUAGCUUCGAUUUGAAUAUGCCUGCCCCAGUGGAAUUUGAAGGUUCCUCCUCUUCUUAUGCUUCUUCAGGAUUGACUUUGGAUUUAAGGUUGGGACUAUGAUAGAGUACAGAUUCUAACGUCAAUUGGGUUCUCUGCUAAACUGAUAUAUAUGUUGUAAUCUAGUAUAUUCUCUAACAUUGAGGGUGUUUGGCUUGAUGGAAAAAAUGUGUCUUUGUUUUGGCUCCACAAUCGGGAGAUAGGAAUUUGUAUUUCAUAUGCAAACAACAUAUGGAAAGACACAUCUUAUUACCACUAAAUUCACAGAGAUUAUUAAUUAGCUAGAUUGAGGUU